GCGGCGUGAGAGGGACAGAGAGCAGUAAUGGAAGGGACAGACGACCUGUUUGAUGACAUUAUUAUGUGCGAGCAGAGGUACCGCGGGGAGGGGUAUGAGGAAGGGUUGGCGGAAGGAAACAGUGCGGGAGAGUCAGAGGGCAAGCAGUAUGGAGCUGUCUAUGGAGCAAGAAUGGGAUCGGAGCUUGGCUGUUACCUGGGUUUCGCUUCAACAUGGAGGCUUCUAUUGGUACCUGCUUCUGAUGAUCGUCAAAGGCGAAAAAUAAAAGCCCUUGAUUCACUGAUUGCCAUGAUUCGGAAUUUUCAUUCAGAUGAUCCAACUAAUCCAAAUCUUCAAGAGGACAUGGCAAAUAUCCGUGGGAAGGUAAAACAGGUUUGUUCAAUGUUGAAUAUUCAGCCAGAUUUUCAAAUAAAUCCAAGUGCCAAGGGACUUUCUUUCUGAGAAGGAGUAGCUGUUAUAAUGCGCGGACCUGCAAAACUACUGGUGCCAGGAAGCAUAUUCAAGAUAAACUGCGGCUGCUCUGAGCUAGCCCUGUUACUAGAUAAGGCAGCACUGAGGCUUGGGAUGAAGAAGAACUUUGAUCUUUGUUGGCUUUGUGUGGAUUAUAACAGAGUGUUUUGCUCUACAAGUCUUAGCAUUACACAGACAUAGGUUUGAAAUGAGAAAUGUUUGACGCUGCCUGGUUUGGAGUGAUACUGUAGUGUUUUGGGGGUAACAUUCCAUUAUAUAAGUGAAAGGAUAUAUCUUGGUUCAGUUUUGACAGUUAUAGCCAAGUUACGCUGAUCUGGUCUUGUGCCCAGUGAGAAGAUGUCAUGAGAAACUGGAGGGGGUGCAGCCCCUUUAUACUGCAAAGUUGCUUGGUGUUAGCAACUACAGCUUUUAAACAAAAUUAUUGUGGUUUCUAAAAACAUUGCAGCAGGCCCGGACUGUGUUCUGGCCAAUGCCUGAGGGGCUGCUGUAAGAUGCCAUAGACACUCACUAUUUAUUGGGCUGGGGGGGCUGUUUGUUCCUCUGGGUACUGGGAAUGCCAGGGGGGCUGUAAGGUGCCACAGACACUCACUAUUUAUUGGGCUGGGGGGGGGGCUGUUUGUGCCUCUGGGUACUGGGAAUGCCAGGGGGGCUGUAAGAUGCCACAGACACCCACUAUUUAUUGGGCUGCUGGGGGGCUGUUUGGGCCUCUGUGUACUGGGAAUGCCAGGGGUGCUGUAAGGUGCCACAGACACUCACUAUUUAUUGGGCUGGGGGGGGGCUGUUUGUGCCUCUGGGUACUGGGAAUGCCAGGGGGGCUGUAAGGUGCCACAGACACUCACUAUUUAUUGGGCUGGGGGGGGCUGUUUGUGCCUCUGGGUACUGGGAAUGCCAGAGGGGCUGUAAGGUGCCACAGACAGUCACUAUUUAUUGGGCUGCUGGGGGGCUGUUUGGGCCUCUGUGUACUUUGAAUGCCAGGGCCUAUUUUAAAUCCAGGCUAUGUAAGGGGUAAUUAAGUAAAGUAAAAUAUUUCUAAGUAUUGUUACUCUAAUUUCAAUAAAGAGCCCACAUGUCAUGUAAA